GUUCUUCAAACAUGGUUAGAAGGAGACCUUGAGGUCUUGCGUGAAAGCGCUUAAUUUCUCCUCCGUAGAGAGCGCUUAAGAAACAUAGUGACGCUGGGGAGGCAGAGAUUUUCAGACACGGAGGUUAGUUUCUAUCUUGUUACAUUAAAUGUCAAACUAUCAAGAAUUAUCAAAAGGGGUAACUGCUGUCAUUCGUAGAAAUUUAAUAUAUGAACUGAGAAUUUCUCUUGUAACGUUAGGAAGUUGGUUUGUUAAGGACGAAGGAGAGGCAUUCUUCUUCAAAUUUUGGCAUUCUACCCUUUGUGUUAGUCGUCAAGCUUGCUUAUUUUGGGAAUGCUAGUCUUGGUUGUGGGUCAAAAUGCAAGUUGCUCGGUCUCAUUGUAGUGUAAUCUGGACAGACCUAUCAUUGAUUGAAGCCUGUGCCAAAGUUGAAGUUAUAGUUCCUAAAUGUUGUGUUUUCCCGGUCUGUUGUGGCUAUCAAGCCUGCAUAGCGUCACUAUGGUUCCUUCUGGGGACUCUCUUGUACUACUUUCAAAAUUGUUUCUCUGCCCCUUAAGAAAAAUUUAGUUUACCUGCAGCUUUAAUUGACUAGCUGUUUGUUUAAUUGUUCUUUUGAUAUCAUAAGACCUCAUCAGCUUAAUAAUCCUACCUUGUGAAAGUAUUUUGUACACACCGUUGUUUCUUAGUACUCGCAUUCUGUUUUCCGUGGUUAUUAUCUCUGAUUUGCUUCGUGUUUCCUUGCAGUGCGAGAUUUUUUUGUUUGGUGAGAUGCAGUGCUAGAUUCUGAUAUGCUAUAAGAGGGGCUGGUGGUUUUGCAAGAAGGACGACAAAGAGGUUUUGAACUUUCACAAGGAACAUUAGUUGUCAUAUAUAUGAGAAUGUUAAACUUUAGAAUGUUCAAGGGAUUUUUGGUUGAGGAUUGAUGAUUUUAUUAAUAUGAAGGCUUUCCAAAACUAGAUUUGUGUGAUUUUGUUGGUUAAUUUUUGCUCAAAUUACUAUUGAUUUAGUUCUAGUUGAUUGGACUAGGUCACAGGUACUACUUGGAAAAGCAAGCAUUUUAGUGACACAUGUAUUUAAUUUAGCGACGGUUUUGAACGUAGCUAAUCCCUGAAACAACCUUUCGACUGAUACAUAUAAUGACAGUCAUUUUUAAAUCAGCGACGGUCAUGCCCGUCGUUAAAUUGUACCGACGGUUGAGACGACGGUCGUCCAAAAGCGUCGCAAACUAAUUUAAGGACUGUUGGGUCAGUGACAGUCGCCUGUCCGUCGUUAAAGUUUUUUGCGACGGUUUCGACCGUCGUUAAAUAGCAAGAAAACCGUCGCUAACGAGCUGCUUUCUUGUAGUGAGCUAGCUCUCUUUUAUGCAUAGCUGAUCUUCUCCUUCUCGUUCUUCUUGUUAUUUAGAUAUUGAAUUAGCUAAAUAUUUGAAUAUGUUGAUACAAUAGCCUAAACUUUAAGAGGUACGAUAAAUCCCGGUCUUCAAUUCUCUAACCCAAACUAUAAUAUAUUUUUAAUAUGAAAAUGAAAAUCAAUGAUUCUAAUUCAUCAGAUUAUGUCCGCACAAUUUUGCUUGCUUUUAAGUGCUUCAUGAUAACCUAGAGAGAAAUCACCCAUGUACCAAUCACCAUAAGCAAUAUGGUGAGAGCAAUAUAUACGACAAGUAAAGUAUCAGCCGGCCAGAAAGAAUCACUAUGCCGAAGAUACACAGCUAUCAACUAUCAAGUAGGGAAAGAAAGCCGUGUGCGUAAGGUAACUCGUGAAACGUUAAUUAUCGUGCGAAACUCCGCCGGCACACGUACAUACAGAGAUAUUAGAAGGAAACCGAUAAUCAACUUUCUUAACACAAAAUAAAAACAGUAGAUCGAGAAGCUGAUCAUUGUCCAACUUAAUUAAGCUAUAGCAUCAAUUAAGUAUUAUGUUGCGAGAACAUUCCUUGACCUUCUCAUCAUCACCAUUGUGCCUUCUUCUUCUUCUGGUUCUCACGCUAAACAGCGACAGUCGUUUGAAUGCAGCAGCCGAGGAGCCAGAGUUCGACCCUCCAGUAUGCAGCGCUUACAACUUCCGCAGCUCGGCCACCCAAAUGAGCGUCGCCUGGCAGUCUGCCAAGUAUGGUGGUAUAGGCUGCGUGCAGCGCCCUCUCCAGUACCACGAUGGCGGUAAGCGAUGGAUAACGGUCUACCAGUACAUGAUCUGUUACAUGUUCAGUGCUCAAGAACCUGAGUGCAGAAGCUGUAUACGCGGAGGCUUUGAAACCAUAGCCAAAUCCUGUGGUCCUCUCGUCGCUGGAGCUCAAUUCCAGAAUCAGGGUUGUUAUCUUCGCUACGAGACAUACCCGUUUUGUACCUAGGUAUCGAUCGAUUUGAAUGGAAUAAUGUAAUCUACGGUAU